AUGUCUGAUGCUCAGGUGACAAAGCCUGGAAAUGGAGAUUGGUCGGCUUCAGACAUAAAACGCGUGCUUUUGCCCCAGAAGAAGUUCCUGUACCACUACAAGAACAUGCGCUGGGCAAAGGGUCGCAAUGAAACAUACCUGUGCUUUGUGGUGAAGAGGCGGGUGGGGCCGGACUCGCUGUCCUUUGACUUUGGACACCUGCGCAAUCGUAACGGCUGCCAUGUGGAGCUGCUGUUUCUGCGCUACCUGGGAGCCCUGUGCCCCGGCCUCUGGGGCAGCGGAGUGACAGGCAGGGGGAGGCUCAGCUACUCCAUCACUUGGUUCUGCUCCUGGUCUCCCUGCGCCGACUGCUCCAUGGCUCUGUCUCGCUUCCUCGGGCAGACGCCCAACCUUCGCCUGAGGAUCUUCGUGUCCCGCCUCUACUUCUGUGACAUGGAAGACAGCUGCGAGAGAGACGGCCUGCGGUUGCUGAGGAAAGCCGGAGUGCAAAUCACAGUCAUGACUUACAAAGACUUCUUCUACUGCUGGCAAACCUUUGUUGAUCGUAAGCAAAGCAGCUUCAAGGCCUGGGAGAGCCUGCAGCAAAACUCUGUCAGACUGUCCCGGAAACUCAAUCGCAUCCUGCAGCCUUGUGAGACUGAAGAUUUAAGAGACGCUUUCAAGCUGCUUGGACUUUGAAUUCCUGACAUGUUUGGCUUCAUCACUACAGCUGCUGACCUGAGACAGAAGAAAAAUGCGUUUGUGAUCGCAAGGCUUGCAAAAUAUCCGGCUUUCUUCACUUUGGCUAACAAUUACCGUAUUUUCCAGACUAUAAGUCACACUUUUUUUUCACGGUUUGGCAGGUCCUGCUACUUGUACUCCGGAACGACAUAUAUGUUUUAUUUCACUUGAUAGCCACGAGAGGGCACUCUAGGCUUGUGCGCCAGUACAGUGUUCCCUCGCUACAUCACGGACUUCCUGUUUUGCUGAUUUUUUUUAAGUGAUAUUAAAGUGACACCAUCUGUAGUCUCAUUAGGAGCAUGCCCCGACGUUGUCAGGCAUGCGUACAAGCACGUGGGGGCCACACAAACUACUGAGAAUCAUUUUGAGUUGCUACAAUGACAUUUUAGCAAAAUGGACCAGUCUGCUGCAUCAUUCUUUCACUUUCAUUUUUGGGGUGUCUUUGAUUUCUCCCCUCUAUAGGGUGACCAUUUUCAUUUCUAUCAAAUUGUGUGGCAUCAUUUUGUUACUAAUACCAUCCAUCCAUCCAUUGAUAUUCAAGAUCAUUUUUCCCCCAGUUUAGAUCUGAUGUGUUUUCAAAGUGUUCCUCUAAUUUUUUCUGCCAUUUAUCUUUCUUUCAAUAAAAUACAGUAAAAAUGGGCAUAUUUCAGACAUGGUAAUGGUAAUUGUUGAAUUUAUUUUGAGCAUGCAUACAAGUUACAUUGGAAUACAUCACAUAGUACAAUUCACAGUUCUACAUGUCCAAAAAGGAGAAGGAAGAAGCAAAGUUGAUUUAAUCCUAUCCCCCCCCCCAAUCCGUUUCACAUCAAUUGCAACACAUUUGUUCACUUCCUGCAUACCAAAUAUACUCUUUGCUAGUUUAAAACACCUAGGGAAAUGAUAAGGUCAUAUGAUAAGGUAAUAUAAGGUAACAUAGUGUGACAUGGUGAUUAAUCAUGAUUAAUUAA